AUGGUGCGCAUCCGCAGGUUUGAAGAUAAGUGCGCAGAACUCUAUAGCCAGGAAAAGAUUCGCGGCUUUCUCCAUUUAUACGAUGGUGAGGAAGCGGUGGCGGUUGGCAUCAUCCCGAAUCUCGAAGCACGCGACGCGGUUGUCGCAACCUAUCGCGAACACGGACAUGCCCUGGUACGCGGUGUGUCGAUGACUUCGAUUCUGGCUGAAAUGCUCGGCAAACAAACCGGCUGCAGCCGCGGUCGCGGCGGCUCAAUGCAUUUGUUUGAUCGCGCCACGCGGUUCUAUGGUGGCAAUGCCAUUGUAGGCGGUGGCCUGCCCAUGGCCGUGGGUCUCGCGCUGGCCGCAAAGAUGGCCGGGCGUGCCGAGAGUUACGACGUGUCUGCCCAGAGUGUGGAUGGCAUGGAUGUCAUUGCCGUGACGUUGGCUGCACGUGCCGCUGUGGCUCAAGUACGAGCAGGUCAGGGGCCGGUGUUUUUAGAGUGCAAAACCUACCGUUUCCGCGCCCAUUCCAUGUUUGAUGCACAAAAGUAUCGUGACAAAGCCGAGGUGGAAGAGUGGCGCCAGCGGGGCCCGAUAGUGCGUUUUCAGAACUGGCUGAUGGAUUCACAUGUUAUCCAUCAAAGCGACAUCGAUGAGAUUGAGGCGCGCGUGAUGGCAGAGAUUGACAGCGCAACAGCCGCUGCGGAAGAGCUCACUUAUCGGGAAGCCGUACGAGAAGGUAUGUGUGCUGCUAUGCGGGCUGAUGAGCGCGUGUUUCUCAUGGGUGAAGACGUCGGCCGCUACGGCGGAUGUUAUGGCGUCAGCGCAGGCAUGUUGGAGGAGUUUGGAGAUGAGCGGGUACGCGAUACCCCGCUGGCGGAGUCUGGUUUCACCGGUGCCGGCAUCGGUGCCGCCAUGGGCGGCAUGCGCCCCAUUGUUGAGCUGAUGACGGUUAACUUCAGUCUGUUAGCUCUGGAUCAGAUCAUGAACACGGCGGCGACCGUGCGGCACAUGUCCGGCGGGCAGUUUGGUGUGCCCAUCGUUAUUCGCAUGGCCACCGGUGCGGGUAAACAACUGGCGGCUCAACAUUCCCAUAGCCUGGAAGGUUGGUAUGCACACAUCCCGGGUCUGAAAGUGGUUGCGCCUGCCACCGUUGAAGAUGCGCAGGGUAUGCUGCAGGCAGCCCUGGAUGAUCCCGAUCCGGUGCUGAUUUUUGAAAAUGUCAUGUUGUACAACACAAAAGGUGAGGUAGGUGAUCCGUCGGCUGUACAGCUGGAAGGAGCGGCAGUUCGUCGUCCUGGCGCCGACCUCAGCUUGCUGACCUACGGCGGCUCGCUGUUCAAGGCUCUGGCUGCAGCGGAGCAACUGUCCGGGCAGGGACUGGAUGUGGAAGUGAUCGAUCUGCGCUGUCUGCGCCCGCUGGAUGAUGCAACCAUCAUGGCGUCGGUGAGUAAAACCCGGCGUGCCCUGAUUGUUGAUGAAGGCUGGCGUUCGGGCAGUCUGGCUGCGGAAGUUUCGGCGCGCAUCAUGGAGCAGGCAUUCUGGUCUCUGGACGCGCCGGUAGAGCGUGUGUGCAGUGCAGAGGUUGAGACCAUCGUCGCAAAAGCUCGUGCGAUGUGUAUGUCCGCAUGUGAUCAGGUCAAGCGAGGUGAUCUUAUUGCCGUGGUGGAAACCGACAAAGGUGCCAUCGAAAUCGAAGUGUUUGAGGAUGGUGUGUUAGAGCGCUACCUGGUAGAGCUCGACAGUGAGGUUGCGGUGGGUGAGCCGCUGGCAGAAAUUCGCACCGGCGCGAUGGAAAUGGACGACGUCGCGCAGACGGAAGUUGCCACAGAAACCCCCGUACACGAAUCUGGCGAUGUCCCGGCUCCGGCGGUACCCGCACCGCCACCACCACAAGGCGGGCAGCGCGUUUCUCCCGCCGCGCGACGCCUGGCUGCGGAACAGGGUGUCGACAUCAGCACGCUGCAUGGAUCAGGGCCUGCAGGUGCCGUGGUCUAUGCAGACGUGCAGGCAGCGGUUGAACCGGGGCAGACUGCCACCGCAAAAGAGGCAGCAGCUGAAGACGACCCGGCUGCCAAGAUGCGCCGCGCCAUCGCCGCCGCCAUGGCCCGUGGCAAACGCGAAAUACCCCAUUAUUACCUGAGUACAACAGUGGAUGUGGAGGUGGCCAUGCAGUGGCUGGCUCAGACCAACGAAGAGAAACCGCCCGCGGAGCGCAUACUGGCGCCUGCGCUGUUUAUUAAGGCCACUGCAGUUGCGCUGUCCAGGUAUCAGGAAUUCAACGGCGCUUAUGUGGAUGACACCUACACUGCAAGCCCGCGCAUCAACGUGGGUGUUGCCAUUGCUAUCCGCGGUGGCGGGCUGGUUGCACCUGCUAUCCACGAUACAAAUGAACUUUCCCUUGAACAGGUGAUGGCGGGACUGCGCGACCUGACACAACGGGUGCGCGCCGGACGCUACCGGGCGUCAGAAUUUCGCGACCCCACGGUGACCGUCACCAGUCUCGGCGACCGUGGUGUUGAGUCGGUGUUUGGCAUCAUCUAUCCACCCCAGGUGGCCUGUAUUGGAUUUGGCAAAGUGGUUGACCGGCCCUGGUCGAUGUCUGACCGUUCAAUUGUCUCCCGGCACACUGUCGGUAUCAGCCUGUCAGCAGAUCAUCGGGUCAGCGACGGGCGUCGGGGGGUGUUGCUGGACGUCAUGGAUGAGGUUGCCCCGGGUUGCCUGCCUGACGUGAUCGACGAUGACGAGGAUAUUCGCGAGCAAAUGGACCUGGAUUCCAUGGAUUUACUCAACAUUGUUGCCGGCCUGCAUGCCCGUCUUAACAUCGACAUUCCGGAAAGCGAUGUGGAACAGAUUGUUACCAUUAAUCGUGCGCUCGCGUACCUCAGCAGGGACUUCCACAAUUUUAAUGUGGUCUAUCGAGACGAUGCCACGGUUGAAGUUGUCGCCUUUACGGCAGCGCAGAUCCCGGGGAUUGCGGAACGACAAUUUCCAGCAAGUAUCGCCGGGCCGCAGUAUCCGGCUGGUAUUCCCAUAUGGCCGGAAGCGCAGUUACAACAGCUGUGUCUGCAACAUCAGGUGGAUGAGGUGGUAUUCGCUUACAGUGACGUGACACGCGACCAUGUCAUGGACAUUGCAGCAGCAGCGUUUGCUGCGGGCGCAAACUUUGCGUUGCUUGGCCCGAAAGCCACUAUGCUCGAAACACACAAGCCGACGAUUGCAGUGUGCGCCGUCCGCACCGGUUGUGGUAAGUCGCAGAUUGCCCGCUACAUAGCCCGGCAAUUGACUGAUGCAGGUAAAAACGUCGCGGUCCUUCGUCACCCAAUGCCCUACGGUGAGCUUGCCAAACAAACCGUGCAACGGUUUCAGAGCUUUGCGGACCUUGACGAGGCCAAUUGUACGGUCGAAGAACGGGAAGAAUACGAGCCUCACAUCGCCAGCGGCGGUGUCGUUUUUGCCGGCGUGGAUUACAAAAAAAUUCUGCACGCGGCGGAGGUAGAAGCAGACGUUGUUUUGUGGGAUGGGGGCAAUAAUGACCAUCCGUUUAUUGAGCCUGGCUACAACAUUGUUGUCGUGGAUGCGCUCCGGCCGACGCAGCUGACCACCCACUAUCCGGGUGAUUCAGUGCUGUUACGUGCAGACCUUAUCGUUGUCAAUAAAGUGGAUGCCGCAUCGCAACAACAAGUGGCCACGCUGCAACGCGAACUGGACAGGAUUGUGCCUCGUGCAGACAGGAUUUUCGCGGCUUCGCCGGUGCGCAUCGAUACGCCGGAACGUCUGGUUGGCGCGCGAAUUAUGAUCAUCGAAGAUGGCCCGACGAUUACACAUGGGGGUAUGCCCCACGGGGCUGGUUUUCAAGCAGUGCGUAAUCUCAACAUCGGCCAGAUUGUUGAUCCGCGAGAAUUUGCUACCCCGGAAAUCGCCGCGGUUUUUGCGCAGUAUCCUCAUAUCGGUCCGGUGUUACCGGCAAUGGGCUACAGUCGUGCGCAACGCGAGGCGAUGGCGGAAACCAUAAAGCGGUCUAAGGUAGAUGCGGUAGUGUCCGGCUCACCCAUCGAUCUGGCCCAUGCGCUGGCGCUUGAGGCACCGCUCAUUGUUCUGGCCAUCGGUGGACAUGGGUUGAGCCAUCCCGGUGAGGCCGGUUACGGUGUCGAGCGUGGGCGUAUCAAUCAACUUAAGCAGACGCUGCACGCGCAGGCAUUUCAGGGCGUGCGAUUGCUUGUUGUACAUGGCAAUGGCCCGCAGGUAGGUCGUCUGCUGCGGGACGACGGCGAUAUUGCCGAUCUGGAUAUUCACACAGCACAGACUCAAGGCGAGCUGGGUUAUCUCCUUGCCCAGGCAAUGCCGAAACCCACUGUUGCCAUCGUGACACGUGUGACGGUUGCGAAUGAACCAGGCCCCCCCAUCAAACCCAUUGGCGCCAUUUUGCCGUUCUACCCGGCUGAUCAGCACUGUGUGCAGGUUGCAGGAGGAUGGCGCUUGUUAGUGCCGUCACCAAAGCCGCAAGAAGUUGUCGAGUUGGAUGCCAUCAGGCGUCUGUUGCGCAGCCACCACGUUGUUGCAGCGGGCGGUGGCGGCGUGCCUGUUACUAUCGCGGGUGAGCCCCUCAAUGCCGUCAUAGACAAAGAUUGGGUGGCGGCGCAGUUAGCUAUCGCCCUGCAGGCGGAACUUCUGGUGUUUGCCACUGAUGUUGAUUACGUCUACGCAGACUAUGGCGCGGUACAAGCCAAAGCCCUGCCUGAACUCGACAGUCCGGCUUGCAGGAAGCUGCUUGCGUCGGGGUCGCUGGAUGCGGGAUCUAUUGCGCCAAAGCUUGCAAGCGCGCUCGAAUUUGUAGAAGCAACAGCAAAACGCGCCUGUAUCUGUGCAGUUGAGGACAUAAUUGCCGCGUUCGAAGGUAAGGCGGGGACGCAGAUCAGCGGUCUCCAGCAAAAUUAA